AUGGAGCGACUUAUUAGUGCUAUUCGUACCACUCCAUUAAUUGACAGCCGCGCACGCCCAUUGCUCAUCCCUUCAUCUAAGACCAAACGCUCCUUACUAGGCAUUACUACUGAGGCUGAUGGAGAUGCCCUAAAAGCUGCUCGUUCAACUUUGGCACACAUUCGAGCUACAAACCAACUUGCAGAAAUUCUUGGUUGUCCCCCAACAUGGAAUGAUGUCUUGAAAGCCAUUGCGAAAGAGAACGAAAAGCCAGGCUAUGUGUGGAUAAAACAAUGUCUGAAAGGAAUCGAGACAAUCAUUCUUGAUGAUUCCUUAAGCACGGAAAAUGGAGUUUUCGACUAUUCAUGGCAUGACAACUUAACAAGAAGUAAGUGCAGGAGGAUAGUAAGAAUCGAAAAUUUUGCAGCAGUCAUAGUUGAUCGGAACAUCAAAUUGUUCGCGAUCUCUGAAGAUAAAUUCUUUGAUUCAGUGGUCGAGGAUCUUCAAAAGGGUAUAAAUGAUGCACUUUCUGAUACCAAUGUUGUCGGCUUUAUAUCAGCUAUCUGUUAUAAAACAAGGCUUGAUAUACCUUGGGUUUGUUCUCUCGAAAUGGUAAAAUUGACCUUGAUACAAUGUAUUUGGAAACAACAAGCCGAGGGUCAUAGUCGCUUUAAAGGGUUCGAUCGCCAAAUUUUGAACUCCUGGAUCCUUCACAUGACAGCUGGACUUAUCCAACGUUCCGAGAGUUUCCACAAGAAACCAAUCCAGUUCCAUACUGGUUUGGGCGACGAUGACGUAUCUCUUACUCGCUCUUCACCAUCAUAUCUACAAGACUUUAUUCGCGAGUAUUCGGACGUUCCAAUCAUUUUGGUUCAUUCUGGUUAUCCAUGGACAAAGGAAACGGGAUACUUAGCUACGGUACAUUCGAAUGUGUAUGUUGAUAUUGGUGAAGUGUUUUCUUGUGUCAGCCAGGAUGGCCAAGAAGGUGUUAUUCGCGAUCUUCUAGAGUUUUGUCCCACAGAAAAGAUUGUGUGGAGCACAAACGGGCAUGAUCUUCCAGAAACUUAUUUACUCGCACAAAUUCGAUCUCGCGAAGCCUUUGAAAAAGUCCUCGCAGAGUAUGUGACUAAGAAAGCAUUGACUAUUGAGCAAGCUGUUAAAGUUGUUGAAGAUAUAUUCUUCAACACAUCUAAUCAGCUUUAUGCUCUCCAGUUGAAAUUGAGGCCGACGGAAACACAGGCCGUUGAACAAGUUGUUAACGGGUUGGACAGAACCAGAACAGUUAAUGGGGUUGACGGUACCAAGGAUGUCUACCACAAAAACGGCGUCGGAGCCAUUGACAAAGUUAAUGGGACCAAUAGAAUUGACGGGAUCGAUGGGAGUAACGGGAUCAAGAGAACCAGUCAUGCAGAUGCUUCAAAAUCUCCAUCAGACCUUGAGAUAUUUGAAUCAUUCAUGGUACAACACCCGGGAAUCAAAUUUCUGCGUGUACAAUUUGUCGACUACUGCUCCAUUACUCGAUUACGGAUUUUACCGAUCAAAAGUGUUCGCAAUCUUCUUUGCGACGAAAAGGCUAAUGUUUCUAUCGGUAUCACUAAUAGUUGUUUGACUCUCACGCCAGACGACCAUCGGAUUGAUUCGGUUUCUCCCAGAGACGAAUCUAGGUCUCUAACCGCAGUCCUAUCUUCUAUGCGACCUGGUCCAUUUCGUGGGUACGCUUCGGCACAGGGAGAGCUUCGCAAUCCUGACAAUUCGCCACUUGAUGUAUGCCCGCGAACUACUCUUCGAAGUAUAGUGAGCAGAGCGAAGAAUCACGGUCUUGAAUUUCUUGUCGGCUUUGAGAUUGAAGUCAUAUUCAUGAAAGGCACACUUAAAGAGGACAAUACCCACGUGUAUGCUCCCCUUCCAGGUUCGGACUCUCAUUGCUGGGGAUCCAACAACGCACUUUCUCCCGCUGUCAUAGAUGUUAUGGAUGAGAUAAACGAGAAACUUUCCAAUGCCGGUAUUGAUCUCGAGCAGUGGCAUCCAGAAUCAGCCACUGGUCAAUUUGAGUUUGUCCUACCUGCAUGUGCACCCAUUGAGGCUGUAGAUAUACUUUUACAGACCCGAGAAAUCAUCGCCACGGUUGCACGAACUCAUGGAUGGCGUGCUACAUUGCACCCAAAACCUCUUCCCAACAAAUUGGGCACGGGAGCACAUGUUCACCUGUCCAUAUCGACCCCGGAAGGAGAGAAGGAACAAACGUAUACUCAUUUUUAUGCAGGAAUACUGAAACAUCUUCGUGCAAUUACGGCUUUCACCUACGGUAAUCCUGCCAGCUAUGAUCGCAUGCUUGCAGUUGGUGGCUGGGCCGGCAGUACAUGGGUGGCUUGGGGUUACCAAAAUCGAGAAACAGCCCUACGUAAGAUUGACGGGUCGCACUGGGAGUUCAGAUGUAUGGAUGGCCUUGCCAAUGUUUACUUGGCUUUAGCAGCUGUAAUUGGUGCAGGUGUAGAAGGCGUGAUUUCAAAAGACAAGAUGACAUGGCUUGACUGCCACAUGAACCCUGCUGAAGUUAGUCAAGCAGCCAGAGAUGAUUACAACAUCGAAGAAAUGUUGCCAAGUACUUUGGAUGAGGCACUUGCCGCUCUCAAAAUUGACCAAGGUAUGUACAAGAUACUCGGUGAAGCUGUGGUGGCCACAUAUAUUGCGAUGAAACAAGGUGAGCUGGAGCUCAUGAAUAGCAUGAAGGAUGAGCAGAGAAGAAACUGGUUGAUUGAGAGAUAUUGA